AUGGCGCAAAUCACUGAGAACGAUGCCCUACCCCCCAUUGAAGACACCGACAUAAUCUGGCCCGACGAUCUACCGAAUGCUCCCCAAUUCCAGGAGGAAGAUGAACCUGCUACAACUCCGAUGGAUCAAGAGAUAGAGCCUGAUGAUAGGGACUGGACAGAAAUUUUGGCUGAACAAGAUCGACGGCUUUUUGAGAUCAGAGUUAAUAAUGCGAAACUCUACUCUGGAUAUCUCUAUAGCCAUAUUCCCAAUUCAAUUAUCGACUGGGAACUCGAUGGAUCAACGAGACCGUGUCGUGUCCAAGGCCUGUCCUAUUAUAGCAAACCUAUGGGAUCGAUUAGAGAGCUCGAAAAUCACCUGAAGUCAGCAAAACAUUUAAAAUAUGACGCAUCUCUCGCUCGACAAUCCCCUGCUCCCAAGCAAACGACUGAUCAGCAAGACUACCAAGUCCCAGUCCCACCAUUGAAGAGAACAAAGUUGGAGCAUACCGUGAGCCCCGAAGAGUUGAUGAGCGACGAUCUCGUGUUGGAGGACAAGCCUUUUAAUGAGGCUUUGCAGUUACCGAGUUCUUUUAAUUACCCUCCUUGGCUGGUCAUUCCAGACUCUCAAGAUACAGCCUCUGAGGAUGAGGAGAUGACACUAUCACCCACAACUGAGCCUCGGCUUAAGCAUACUAUCGAGAAGACAACUGGCGAUGAUCUUGUGUUGAAGGACAAAUCUUUCGAUGAGGCUUCAGAAUACCCGUCUUCUUUCAACUACCCUCCCUGGCUGGUUAUCCCAGACUCUCGAGAGACCUCUGAGGAUGAGGAGAUGCUACCAUCACCUGCGAAUGAGCUUGGGCCUGUGUUAAAGCAUACAGUUGAGAAGACAACUGGUGAGAACCUUGUAUUAGAGGACAAGUCGUUUGAGGAGGCUUCAAAGAUGCCACUUUCUUUUUCUUACCCUCCGUGGGGAGUUGUCCAGGACUCGGACGAGGACUCAGAGAAUGAGCCGUAUGUGCAUGCUGUUUGA